UCUUUGAUGUGAUGAUAGGCAGUGAUACACAUCGAGCCAGCACAUCAAUCAUUCUGAGCAGUGAUGCACCGAUCAUAGUGUGACUCAUCAACUUCAUACGAGAGACCUAAAGUAUCGUACGUGACAGGUGGCAGUUGUGAACGAGCGACCGUCGAGUGAGGCCGGAGCCGCGAGACGCUGAUCCCCCGGCGGGUUAUGGAGGCAUGCUUGUGUUAGGAAGCUGUGCGAGUGUCGUGCGGGAACUGUAACAACCCGGACACGCUCCACGCCGACGAAGAUGUGGAGUGGACGGUGAAAGUGAAUCGAGUGUGCCGCGCGAGAAGUUGGCAGAGGCGUUGGUGGUGAGCAACAAGUGUCGCGGCAGCAGAGGAACACGCUGUGCCACUCUGGUGACGGCAUGACGCUUCCGCCCUCCCUCCCCGCCCUCUUCCGAGUUCUGCUCCGCCUCCUCCUGAUCCAAGGUAAAUGAAUCUCAUGACCUGCUUCCCCCUUCCUGCUGGAGCCUCCCCAGCUGGACGCGAUGGGAGUGGCAGCGAGGGAGGUAAUGUUGGACUGCCAGAUGCUGAGUUGAGAUGCAAAGGAGUGGCCUUGGGCAUCAAGAUUACUAACCUGGAGGUGCCGACGCCCUUAGCGGUGGGUGAGGGCGGCUGGUUGCUGUGCGAGUGGGAGGAUGAAGGGGACCACGUGUACGCCCUCAAGUGGUACGUGGGAGGCGAGGAGUUCUACCGCUGGACGCCCCUGGAGACGCCCGCCGUGAAGACCUUCAUGUCGUCGCACUUCGUGGUGGACAGCAGGGAGUCUCAGCGGGGGCGGGUCAGGAUACGCAAUGUGACCGUAAGUGCCGGAGGGAAGUACCGCUGCGAGAUAUCCGGCGAGGCGCCCAAAUUCAAGACAUCCUUCGCCACCGCUGACAUGAUGGUCGUGGACCUGCCGGACAGCCAGCCCAGACUGGUGGGCGGCGACGCGGGGCCUUACCAGCUGCACCAAGUCGUUACCAUCAAUUGUUCCUCGCACGAUGCUCUGCCUGCUCCCACCCUCACCUUCUACAUCAACGACCAGCCCGUUGACCCGGAGUGGGAGGACAACGAUCAGGUGAUACUGAACGAAACCUCUGGUCUCGAAACAAGCCACAAGAGUUUGCACUUCAAGCUGCGCCCCAGCAUGGUGUCCGAGGGCUUGCUGCAGGUCAAGUGCGUGGCGUCCUACCCUGACUUGUACUGGGACAGCAGCGACAUUACUUUCAGGGUGCUGUCGGGGCAUGGGUCUGGCUUCCCGCUCGGGUCGCAAGAGUUCGUGCUGCAGGGAGACGCAGGGCGGCCACAAGCUUCUUUACAUCACUUCCCCCUUUUCCUCAUCGCUCUCGUUUUCUUCCGGUAGCCUAGCCACUGCUGCCCAGCUUUUCUCGUUUUCCAUAGCGCAUCCAUCCCCCCCCCCCGUCUCUCUCUCUCUCUCUCUCUCUCUCUCUCUCUCUCUCUCUCUCUCUCUCUCUCUCUGUUUAGUUAGCGCCGUCCUAAUUGUUUCUGGUUUUCAUAGUUUGAUAUAUUGUAAGAUUGGUGCAUAAUGUUAUCCCUAAUUUGAGUUAUGACAAUAGUUGAGAGAGAGAGAGAGAGAGAGAGAGAGAGAGAGAGAGAGAGAGAGAGAGAGAGAGAAAGUUGUGAAAACCGCUAAAGGCGCCUUUCCGACGAAAAAAAAAAAAAAUCCACGCUGUAUAUUGUGGGGCGGGAGCGAUGCGCACAUUAGAGAGAGAGAGAGAGAGAGAGAGAGAGAGAGAGAGAGAGAGAGAGAGAGAGAGAGAGAGAGAGAAAUUCUGUGAAAACUGCCAAAGGCGGCUUUCCAAGUACGAGUAUAAACGUACCCUUACCGUAUGUGUGUGUGUGUGUGUGUACAAAGUUGCAUGUAUGUCACUGUUACCAGUUUCACUGCUUCUUUUCAUUACCGUUAGAAGCGCUUAGCACACUGCAGACUGUUACACCUCAAGGAGAUCGUAUUGAGCUUAUAACUGUUUCGUCUUUUCUCACAGGACGAAUGUAAACCAUGCGUCAUCAUUUUUCCCUUUGUUUCUUAUCCGAACUGGACUCUUAUCCUUUUGUUUGCUCAUUAAUGUGUUCAUUCCAUUGUUUGUAAAUGGAAGUUGCUUUGAGUAUGGGGAAAAAAAAAAAUUUUUCGUCAGACGGCAAAAAUAUUGUUUAUCAGGAUCAAACAUCCAAUACUUUAAGACAAGUAUCGUAUGGCAGUCAGUUGAAUAUAUUAUGGUUGGCGCAUAAGAGUGUGUAGGAGAAAAUUACCUGAAUAAGAAACAUAAUUGUGAAUACCCCAAGUUACAAAUUACCUUUUACAUACCGUGUUGGAUCGAUAAUGUGCUGAUGAAAUUACAAAUCAGAGGGAGAGAGAGAGAGAGAGAGAGAGAGAGAGAGAGAGAGAGAGAGAGAGAGAGAGAGAGAGAGAGAGAGAGAGAGAGAGAGAGAGGAAUUAGUUCUUAUAUUUCUCACCGUGUGUAUCCAUCAGUCUCGUUCCUUAUAUUAGCAGUCUCGUUCCUUAUAUUAGCCAUCUUUUAUCUCUAUUUUCUUAUUCUUUUAAAACCCAUCCUCUGCAAGAAGGUGGCUCUGACAGAAGAUUCUCCAGCUGCUGUCCAGACGUCCAGUAGACUGUUUCGUAACGAAGUUUCAUUGAUAAGUGACAAGGACAGGACAGUGGAAGUACAAGACACGUGUAUAGAAAAAUAAGAUAACAUCUUGAAAAGAAGGUUGUUUAGUGUUGAUGGUGAUGGUGAUGGUGGUGUACUGUACUGUGUAGCCAGGUGGGCAUUUGUAAGGGGCAUAGUGACUUGACCUUCUGAAUAUUCAAGGUAAUUCACGGGUUAUUGCACCUCAAGGUAUGAAAUAUAAAUUCUGAAGUAGUUGGGUGCUGCUGUAAGGAUCCUGAGGUGUUACCUAACCCUUGGAGUGGCUGUGGUGGUGGUCGACCUUCAGUACUCUUAUUUUCCUUCUCAAAAAAACAUUUUCCACUAGGCCAGUAAUGAGUGAGGCCAUGAGAGGCGCGCCACUGUGGCCUUUCGUGGUGUCACUCUUGUUACAGAUUUGCUACUGAAAUUUUAUCUUCGUUAGUUUGGUGUUAGUGGUUGUUUGUGUGUUGUUGUUGUUGUGUGUAUCGCUUUGUCUGAGUUUCUUACUUCAUGAACUUGUACAGAUUCAUCACUUAUUACAAAAUGUCUUACUUUACCCAGACUUUACAUACAUGUAUGCUACUUCCCUAUGCCUUCUUCGUAUACAUAUAUAUUUCUACGCUCUUGCAGCACCAUCCAUGAAUUUCCGUCCUUUUCCUCUCCAAGGUGUGCCGAACAUUCUGUAACAGUUUUCAAGUCGUGCCUCUGGUCUGUGAUGCAAACCAUAAUAAUUAAUGUCUUGUUUCGUCACCCUCCUCUAUUGUCUUCAGAGAUGUUUAUUUUCUCAAAAGUUUGUUUUGUAUAUAGAAGUGAACGCCUAUUUAAAAGCAGUGUCCUGUGUAUUUGAUAUUGAAUGUUAAUAAAUGUACAAAGACUGUGUAAUAAGACCAAGUGUUUACUG